GUGUCCCGCUGCUCAGUGAACUUCUCCAACAUCAGCUGGAGCUCCGGUGCUGUGUCAGUAUCCUUCAGCACACCUGGACCCUCCUGUAGCUUCAGCCUGAUCACCGGGGAGCCCACCCGACCCACUCCCUGCAACCCAGACCAGGGGGGCUUCACCUGCCGGGUCACAGGUCUGAGUCCCGGGACCCGGUACCAGGUAAUGGUGAUCUCAGAGCAGGACGGAGAGAGUGGCAGCACGACGGUGCGCACAGCGCCUCUUCCUGUGCAGAAGCUGAUGGUCCGUCAUGCUGAUGAAACCACGCUCAGCGUCCUGUGGAGCCCCCCCCCCGGGGAGUGGGACGGCUUCACGGUCUUCCUCCGACAGGCUGACCCCCAUCGGAUGGACCCCGCCCUCCAACAGGCUGACCCCCAUCAGAUGGACCCUUCCCUCCCUCAGGUGGCCCCCGCCCUCCCUCAGGAGGCCCCCACUCUCCCUCAGGUGGCCCCCGCCCCAAUGGAGGUGUGGAGGGCCCUCCCCCGGGAGGCCAAAGAAUUUACCUUUACCACCCUGACCUCAGGAGAGCAGUACACCAUCACCGUGAUGACCAACAGCGGCAACCUGAGCAGCUCAGCCUCCGUCAGAGCAUACACCCGUCCAGCCCAGGUCUCUGGGCUGCUGCUGGGGGUUCAGAGCAGCACCGACAGCCUGCAGGCAAGCUGGCAGAGAGCCUCCGGAGUUCUGGACUCGUACCGCGUUCUGCUGGUCAGCGACAGCAGCGUCAUCAAGAAUGAGAGCGUGGCGGCGGACGCCACCAGCACCAGCUUCCACCUCCUGAGGCCCGGCGCCCUCUACAGGGCGGUGCUGACCACCGUCAGGGCCGGACUCAGCUCCAGGCAGACGGUCGCAGAGGGACACACCA